GUGUGGGGACUGACAACCAGACCUUCUUGGACGACAGGGUCCGCAUUGAGUAAUCUGGUGGGGCAAAGUAGGGUUAGAACUACUGAGGUUGGUUGGUGGGCAGGAAGAAGAAGGGGUCGUCCUCAGAUGCUAACUACUAGUACUUAUUUAAUGCUUUCAUAGUUUAAAGAGAGAUCUCAUUUAAAUCUGAACUUUAGUCAUUGAGGCCAGGUGCAAAAUGAAAAAACUUUUACAGAGGUUCUGAUUCACCCCAUAAAUGUUUCCCCACAGAUAAAUACUGUUAUUCCCUUGUAUUGGGGCUCUGCAAAGCUGACAAUAAAUAAAACACUCAGCCUCUGUUUCUCGGUUAUAAAAUGGCAUUCCCCUCCACUUCAAAAAGUCUGUGAUUCUAGGGUAAUGUUGAAUAUAUCCACGGAAAAGGGAAAUCACAGAAGAGAGAUGAUUAUUCCCUCUGAUACCGUGUGAGUCUUGUCAGGGGUUUAAAAUAAUAAAGUUUCUUGAGUUCAGGGUCUGCAAGUCAUCACCCCUAGGGAACCGCUUCCAGAGAUAUUUAGAAGAUUUAUAAUUUAUUGAUUGGAAUCUGGUGACUGACUGCAGGGGCUGAGGUGGAGAAGGGAAUCAGGAUAACUCUAAGUAUGGUUACUUCGAAGCAGUCUAGCAGAAUAGUAAGAGCAAGAGUUUAGGAGUCCAGCCAGUUUGGAUUUGGAUACUGUACUCAGAGGUUUGAGUCAGGAUAAACUGAAAAGAUUUAGUGUUGAAGAGCUCUUAAUGACUUCAGGGAGAGCAGUUCCUGUGGAGCAGUAAGGGCAGAAUUCAUGUUUCACCUGAAUGGGAGGGGAAGCUGAGCCCAGAGCUACAUAUACAGGUUAUCGUAUCAAAACAUGUGGAUGUAACGCAAUCUGAAGGAAAUUCAAGACCACAAAACUUGCUGGCUGAAGCACAUUGUACCAGAAGAGUAUUUGGAGAAAGACCUUUCUGUGAAAUCAGGAUGGAAGCAGAAGAACACCAACAGCCACGGAAGACACCCUUUUACUCAGAAUUACCUAAAGUGGAACUUCAUGCCCACCUGAAUGGAUCCAUUAGUUCUAAUACCAUGAAGAAAUUGAUAGCCAAGAAGCCAGGUCUUAAAAUCGACAAUCAGAUGACUAUGAUUGACAAGGGAAAGAAAAGAACUUUAAAAGAAUGUUUCCAGAUGUUUCAAAUUAUUCAUCAGCUUACUACUAGCCCUGAAGAUAUUCUAAUGGUCACAAAAGAUGUCAUUAAAGAAUUUGCAGAUGAUGGUGUGAAGUACCUGGAACUAAGGAGCACACCCAGAGGAGAAAAUGCUACAGGAAUGACUAAAAAGACUUAUGUGGAAUCUGUACUUGAGGGUAUAAAACAGUCCAAACAAGAAAACAUUGACAUUGAUGUUAGGUAUUUGAUAGCAAUUGACAGAAGAGGUGGCCCUUCAGUAGCCAAGGAGACCGUUAAACUUGCGGAAGAGUUCUUCCUCUCUGCUGACAAUACAGUUCUUGGCCUUGAUCUCAGUGGAGACCCUACUGUAGGACAGGCAAAAGACUUCUUGGAACCACUUUUAGAAGCUAAAAAAGCAGGCCUGAAGUUGGCAUUGCAUCUUUCAGAGAUUCCAAACCAAAAACAAGAAACACAAGUACUUCUGGAUCUGCUUCCUGACAGAAUUGGGCAUGGGACAUUUCUCAACUCCUCUGAGGGAGGAUCCCUGGACCUGGUAGACUUCGUGAGGCAAUACCAGAUACCACUGGAACUCUGUUUGACCUCAAACAUCAAAAGUCAGACAGUUCCAUCUUAUGACCAGCAUCAUUUUGGAUUCUGGUACAGCAUCGCCCAUCCAUCUGUGAUCUGUACCGAUGAUAAGGGUGUUUUUGCAACACACCUUUCUCAAGAGUACCAACUAGCAGCUGAAACAUUUAAUUUGACCCAGUCUCAGGUGUGGGAUCUGUCUUACAAAUCCAUCGACUACAUCUUUGCUUCUGACAGCACCAGGUCUGAACUGAGGAGGAAGUGGAAUCAUCUGAAACCCAAAGUGUUACAUUUUUAAGCUGCAAUGAGGUGAACUACUUUUGAAUAUGUGUUGCAACCAAGAGCUUCCUGACAUCUCCCACAUAGUAAACUGUCCACCACUCCCUCUGAAGCACAGCAGCCAGGUACCACGGGCUCCAUCACCAGUAGCUUACUCAUGACUGGUCCCAUGGCUGGCAGGCUCUAAAGUCUUACAGAGCUUACCUCCAUGCUGCUUACUGGAAGGGACCUGAAGGUGGCAGCUAUCUAAACUCCCCACACAGCACCUUGGUGGCUCAGUGGGUCAAAGCCUCUACCUUUGGCUCAGGUCAUGAUCCCAGGGUCCUGGGAUCGAGCCCCACAUUGGGCUCUCUGCUUCCUGGGGAGCCUGCUUUCUCCUCUCUCUCUGCCUUCUUCUCUGCCUACUUAUGAUCUGUCUGUCAAAUAAAUAAAUAAAAAAUAAACUCCCUACUACACCAGAUAUUUGACCAAA